AGGAAAGAAGCCUCCCUUGUCAUGCUGGCAUCACCUUGCAACCAGACAUCAGAUAAUUCUUUCAUCCUUGUGGGCAUCCCAGGACUGGAGGGGGCACACCUCUGGCUGGCAGCUCCAUUGAGUUUUAUGUAUGCUGUGGCCCUUGUAGGGAACACUCUGAUUCUGACUGUGAUCUGGGUCGACUCUACUCUGCACGAGCCCAUGUACUACUUCCUUUGCAUUCUGGCAGUUGUUGACAUCAUCAUGGCAACCUCUGUAGCUCCCAAGAUGUUGAGCAUCUUCUGGUCAGGUGAUGGUGCCAUCACAUUCACCGCCUGCUUUGCUCAGAUGUACGUGGUCCAUGCAGCCACAGCUGCUGAGACAGGCCUGUUGCUAGGCAUGGCUUUUGAUCGCUAUGUGGCCAUAUGCAAACCCUUGCACUAUCAAACCAUCCUCACACCCAAGAUGAUGCAGGGGAUCAGUCUGGCUAUCAUAAUGAGAGCUAUUCUGUUCAUGACUCCACUAAGCUGGAUGAUGAUUCAGCUGCCAUUCUAUGGCUCCCACAUGGUCCCCCAUUCCUACUGUGAGCAUAUGGCUGUGGCCAAAUUGGCAUGUGCUGAUUAUAUGCCCAGCAGCCUUUAUAGCCUGAUUGGUUCCUCUAUCAUUGUAGGUUCUGAUGUGUCCUUUAUUGCCACCUCCUAUAGCUUGAUUCUGCAGGCAGUGUUUAGACUUUCUUCCAGGGAUGCCCGACUUAAGGCUCUCAGCACAUGUGGCUCCCAUGUAGGAGUCAUGGUGCUUUACUAUCUUCCUGGUAUGGUAUCCCACUAUGUGGAGUGGUUUGGGCAGGGUGUAGUACCUCUGCACAUGCAGGUGCUACUUGCUGAUUUUUAUUUGGUCAUUCCACCCACCUUGAACCCAAUUAUCUAUGGCCUGAGGACCAAGCAGAUUCUAGAGCAAGUGUUAGGUGUGCUAGGGAACUGUUGAUGCACUGUGUCAAGGCUCAAAUUGGAGAAACCAUGUAUGAGGGCUUAAUUAUUAGAGGUUUUAAAACCAGUAUGGGCAUGGGGACUAGACUUGUGAGUUUUUUAUAAAGAACUUGAAGGAAACUUUCAUUGUGAAUACAAGUUGGUACCAUUUCUGAAACUUGAAGUCUUAUAAGGUUUCAUAAAAAUGCUGAGAGGUUAGGUGACUUGCCUCAGAGUUACAUAGCUGGUAUGUGUCAGUGGCAGACCUUAAAUCCAUCUCUCCCUGGCUUCAAGGUCAGCUCCU